CUAUAUUUGGAUAUAGUUGCACAUGCAUACUCACUCAUUUCGUUGAACAAAGAAACAAAGCGCGUGGCUUUCAUUCCUGUACAACUUUUGAUAGUUUCACAUGAAAAUUUAGUUUUCUUGGUAUUUACGUAAAAGAAUUACGAGCAGAUAAUAAAAAAGUACUUUGUACAUCUAAAUCUUACUUCAAGCAAGGAUUAUUUUGGUGCCAUCCAAUUUUAGGAAGGAUUUACGAGGCGAAGUUUUGUUUUCCUUUGUGUCGAUCUGGGUCAGUGACGAUCAACAACAGAAUAUUAAAGUGACGCAUUUAUCCUAAAUGCUGUUCGGACUUCUUGGAUUUACAGUUUAACUCGUGAACGAUAAACAAUUGCCUCUGGAAGGUCAAAUUUCUGACAAAUUAGCAAAAUAUUGACAGAUUGCGAUUGCCACGGCACGGAUUUUAACAAAGGACGCCAUCAUCAGAUCAUUACUCCAUUCCUCCGCUGGUGGGCACCAUCGAACAGGACGUUUUAUUACUCCAUACUUGAGUACAGUUAGUCUGUUUUAGACACUAUGCGUGGGAAACGAAGGGCAGCUGCCACAAAAUCAAGAUGUUCAGCUUCAUGCUGCACGGAUAGUGAUAAACCAGUAGAAACUUCUGGGGCGGGUACCAGUGUUCAGGACAAGACCAGGCACACUAAUGACAAAAACAUUACAAAUGACACUGUGUCAGUUAACUCUUCAAAUCUUGAACCAAAUUCAGUAAACAUGGAUUCAGAGUCAGAUUCAGAUUCUAAUGCUGAAGAAAAUAGUAAUUCGAACAUUAUAACUACGACAAGACGGGGGCGUACACCUAGGGGGCAAAAGAGGAACACCAAGAAGAAAAGAAAGAGGUCUCCUCCCCCAACUAGAGAUUCAAGCGAUGACAUGGAUUCAUCAACCUCCGCAAGCUCAUCAGAGAGUGACAAUGAUCUGUUAGAUGAUGUGUUAAAAUCUAAUGUCCUUGAUCUAACAGAUAGAAGACUUUCGUCAAAAUGCUCCUUGGGCAGACACUCUAGCAACUCACGUGCCAAAGGCGUUACUCGAUUACCUUUAGGGCAUUUGAUCAGUUCCUUAGUAGAAGGCUCUUUAGCUAGUAGCACAAGAUUGGCAUAUCGUGCAGCUUUUAAACAUUACCGCUCAUUCCAUGUUGGAUUUUAUAAGACUGAACCUAAAAAGAAAAUAUCUAAUAGCAAAUUAGCAUCAUAUGUGGCCUUUUGUCAUGCCACUGGCAUGAAAUAUUCAAGUAUUUGUUCCAGGGUAUCGGCUCUCAAUUACAUCAAUAAGUUACAAGGUGCCAAGACCUCAGGCCAUAGUUUUCUGUUAAAAAGAGUCCUGCUUGGAUGUAAGCAUUAUUCACCUUUGGCUGACAAAAGACAACCUAUUACAAAACCUAUAUUGAAAAGGUUGAUUUCGGUUUUACCUACAAUGUUUGAAUCAAAUUACAACGUCAUAUUAAUCAGUGCAAUGUUUACGUUGGCAUUUUUUGCACUUUUAAGAGUAGGCGAAAUGUCUAUUUCAAAAACUGCUAACCAUACUAUCUCCCUCGAUGAUAUAACUAUUAAGUUAAAAGAAGAAAAACCGUUCCUCAUCAGUUUGUCUCUAAGGCAUUACAAACACUCAGUUUCCCCAUUUAAUUUAAUUUUAAAACUUCAGAAAAACAAACUGAUAUGCCCAGUCAGGGCAUUGCACGCCUUUGCCGGAUUACGAGCUAAGAAACCUGGUCCAUUUUUUCUUAAUGAAUCGGGUACUCCAGUCACAACAAAACAAUUUAGUUGCAUUCUUAGGAAAUGUAUUAGCAAAAUAGGUUUAGAUUCAAAACUGUUUACAUCUCACAGUUUCCGUAUUGGUGGUGCUACUCUAGCUCACAGAAAAAAUUUCUCUGACUCUCGAAUAAGAAAACUUGGUAGAUGGCGCUCAAAUGCAUUCCAAGCAUAUUUACGUCCAUUCUCGGCUCAAUUUUAAGACAAAUAUAUGGACUGUCCUUCACUAUUUGUUUACAUAGUUAAGUCCCCCAAUUACUAGGUCAUUGACUGACUAAGGCGGCAAUGACACCUUGACUGUUGCAAGGCAGCAAGGAAGUUUGUGCAAUUAUCUAAACAAAUAAUUGUUUUAUUUUACAUGUGCUUUGACUGCAUGGGCAAUUUGUAUACUAUUGUGUGAUUGGAGUUCUUAUGUAUUAUUAUCUUAUUUAAAGCUACCAGUUUUGGGUUCAGUACCUCGAGCAUUUGGAAAAGU